AUGGGUAAAAAUAUCAACGCAAGGAUGGCGCCCAAGUCAUGGGUUGUAUGUACAAAGCCCGAGGGUAAGGUUAUGAACAGCAAGACUUCUGUCAAAGCCGAUAAACGCGAUAUCACCCUCCUCGUUCUUCUUCUCCGUCACCGCAUCACCCCUCCGGUACCAUAUAUCAUUAUUACCGAAAUUAUCCUCAGCAUGUCACCGGAUACUUACCAGGAUAUGUGCCGUAAGAACUGCAGAUUGGAGAAUCUGACAGAGGAACAACAAUACCAUUGGUUCGCUUGGUGGUGUAAAGAAAUGGAGAAGAAAGAAAUAAUGAAAGGUGGUGGGAGAUGGGUAGCUGCUGUUAAUUGGGAGAAUGAAAGAAUUAAAGAGAUUUGUGGUUGUCUUCGAGACCAACUGCAAGGUCGAGGUCCUGUGUUCGAACUUCUUGACCAAGAAGGUGUCAACAGAUUGAAAUUACAAGUUGGUCACAAGAAGCAACUCAUAAAGCAGAACAAGAUCUUGAAGGAGAAAGAAGAUUUCAUACGAGCGCAGGAGGAUCAGAGCACCUUGCAAGCGGACUGGUAUCUCAAGAAUGAUUGGAGAUAUGGUAGUGUCCCUGACCUUACCAUCCUCAACCCCAAGUCUGUGGUCGGGCAAGGAUAUCCGUUGGAUGACUUUCUUAGGCCUUUCGGCGACGACUUACGAAACUGGAAUUCGACUUUCGAAACGGCCAGUACAAUCUCAGCUCCCUCUACUCAUUCUUCUUCCACUAGUCUGACCACUUGGUCUAACUCUUCCACAAUUACUUCCUCUACUAUGCCGCUUGGGUAUACAGAUGAAGAGGAGAAAAUUCUCAAGACAGUCAACGACUACAAAGCAAGAAAGAAAUUCGAGAAAAUCGUAGACUUCAAGAAAGCAAUGCGAAACAAGCUCGACAAAUUGGAUAUGGCAGAGAGAGAGGGUAGAUUGGUCAAUGAUUGGAUGAUGACUGACGCCAUGGUGGAGGUAUGUUAA